ACCCGGAAGUAAUACUUCACAACAAAAAAAAUUGCCGGGAAAUCACAGAAGUUGCUGAAAUAGCGAAGGGAAUAUUUAUGAGAAAAUCAUUUAUAGUGUGUUUAUCUUUUGACUAAACAAAUUACAGUGUCUCUGACUUUAUCGUGUACCUGUCCAAGCCGACAUGGACGAAUAUGACGAACUGUUCGAGAUACAGGACGACUUCGAUGACCAGUUCGCCGACGAGCUGGAAGUCUUGGCUCAGAUGGAGGAGGACUCUUCUAAGGCUGUGAAAUGUCAGAAGCAGGGUCCAGGAGACGACAUUUCUGACAUAGAGCACCUGCUGGACGAUCAGCCCAUCACCCCAAAGGCAAAGCGGCAGAAGCAGGAUGCAGGAGUGGCCAAGCGACUUUUCAACUCACUCCAGACUCAAGAGAGCGAAGCCCCGGCACAGAGUGAUGACAUCACACCGCCGUCCUCUCCAGAGCAGUAUGAACCCACUCGCACCUUCAGGUCUACCCCAGCUGUGUUAGAUAUCAGUGGCUUUGCUACAAUCCCAGAGACGCCCAGGCGACCUCCCACAGCGGCGCCAGCAUCACUGUGUGUGCUGAGGCGGCCUCCUUUAGAGGGAGACUACAUCAGUGUGACAGACUCAUCAGGAAAUCGGGUCUAUCUCAGACAAAAAGAAGACACAGGGGCAAAGGUAGUGGACUCCAGAAUAGUACCAAACUCCCAGGGUUCGCUGGGGCUGCUGGCGGUGCCGAUAGGUGUGUUGAGAGAACAAGAGGCAGAGAGGCGUGACCAGCAGGUUGUGGAAGAAUCUCAGCGUCUUGCAGAGGUGCUGACCAGCAGCGUGAAUGAUGUGUUUGUUGAGCCUGAAAGCAGAGAAGAUGAAAAGGAUGAUCCUGAAGACACAGAGGGCCGAAACUCGCGACUGUGGGUGGACAGGUUCUCUCCCCGACACUACACAGAGCUUCUCAGUGAUGAUUUUACCAACCGCUGUCUGCUCAAGUGGUUGAAACUUUGGGACACUGUUGUGUUCGGGAGAGAGAGGAAGUCCCGCCCUGCCCGGUCUGAGAGACAGGCUCCCAACCAGAACUCAUUCAAACCAAAUCAAGCCAAUCAGAAUACAAAUCGCUUCAAGAGCAAGAUUGAGGUGACUGAGGAGCUACUGGAGGCUGAACUGGACCAGUACAAACGACCCAAAUUUAAGGUGGCGUUGUUGUCUGGUCCUCCGGGUUUGGGGAAGACCACCCUGGCUCAUAUCAUAGCAAAGCAUGCUGGGUACAAUGUGGUGGAAAUCAAUGCCAGUGAUGAUCGCAGUGCAGAGGUGUUCCAGAAACGCAUCGACACAGCAACGCAGAUGAAGUCAGUUUUAGGAGCUAAUGAGAGGCCGAACUGCCUCAUUAUUGAUGAGAUCGAUGGAGCACCUACGGCUGCAAUCAACAUUCUGUUAGCAACUCUGAACAGGAAAGACGGACACGGCAGGGAGGCUGGUACAGAGACUGCGAAGAAGAAAAAGAAGAAGGAGUCAAUCCUGCUUCGACCAAUCAUCUGCAUCUGUAACGACCUUUAUGUUCCAGCUCUCAGACCUCUCAGGCAGCAGGCCUUCCUCCUGAAUUUCCCCCAGACUCAGCCUUCCCGCCUCGCACAGAGACUUUCAGAGAUCUCACUCCGGCAGGGGAUGAAGGCAGACACAGGCACUCUGAUGUCACUGUGUGAGAAGACUGACAACGACAUCAGGUCUUGCAUCAACACACUACAGUUCCUCCACGGUCGCGGCCACAAGCAGGUGGACACCAAGACCAUCCAGUGUGUCUCUGUGGGGCAGAAGGACCAGAACAAAGGCUUGUUCCAUCUGUGGCAGGAGAUCUUCCAGUUACACCGUACAAAAAGGAAACGUAUUGGUGAGGGGUUUGAGGAGGCACCAGGUUCAGGAAAUGGAGCUCAGAGGUUUCAGCACAUUCUACACUUGGCUUUAUCUAGUGGAGAGUAUGAAAAGGUUUCUCAGGGUCUGUUUGAUAAUUAUCUGUCCAUGCGUGUGAGGGACCCCAACCUGCAGAGUGUGAGUGAGGCUCUGGAUUGGCUGUCGUUCUCAGACAGGCUGAACCAAGUGAUUCUCCACGGGCAGAACUUCUCCCUCAUGAGAUACCUGCCCUUCCUGUCCGUCACAUUCCACUUCCUGUUUGCCCACACACACGUGCCCCGCCUCAGCUAUCCCCACAGCCAACAGGAGGCCUCCUCCCGGCUCCUCAGCAGCAAAAACGCUUUGUCCACGAUGUUAGCUGACAUCCCAGCAUGCAUCAGAACGAGGAUCAGCCAGCUCAGCCUGACCCUUGAUAUUCUCACAUUGCUCCUCGACAUCAUCUGUCCCAAACUACGGCCUGUGAAUCCGCAGCUGUUCAGCAGCAGAGAGAAGGAGCAGAUGCGAGAGCUGAUCAACACCAUGCUGGCAUAUAACCUCUCAUACAGGCAGGACCGCACGCCUGAGGGACAGUACACAUACAUGCUGGAGCCGCGUGUUGAGGAGGUAGUGAGGUUUCCAGGCCUGCCGCCGCGCCGUCAGCUGACGUAUCAGGCCAAACAAACCAUCAGCAGAGAGAUGGAGCAAGAGAAGAUGAGGAGAGCCGAGCAACUGAUGCUGCAGCGAAACCCUGCAGUGAAAGAGGAAGAAAAAAAGAGCGCUGGUCCUAAACCAACCAGGAACCAUCAGCAGAGGCUGGAGAACAUUGUCAAACAGACCACAGUGGAGACCAGGCCGGAGGUGGAUUUCUUUGGUCGAGCUGUUGCCCCCAAACCUCAGAGACCGCAGUCGUCCUCAGACACAGGUGAGAAGUGUGCGGUUCUUUCUAUGGGAACGGCAGUGGGCAACAGCGACGUGUGGUUCCGCUUCAACGAGGGCAUGUCCAACGCUGUCAGACGAAAUGUCUACAUCAGAGAACUACUGUAACCCCGAAAACACACACACACACACACACACACACACACCUGCGUCAUUCUCAGCUGUAUUUCUUUGUCCUGUGUUAAAUAUAAGCAUCUGAAUAAAUCCAAAAAUCCAGCUGUUAAAUUCAAAACAGUCUUUAUUUUGAUUGACAGUGUAAAGAGCCAAUAAAAACGUGUUGUUGAA